UAAAUGUCAGAUUGUGGCUAUUCAUGUUUUUCAAAUUCUUGUAGAUAAAAAUUUUGCAUUUCAUUGAUUUCAUUCAUUUCAAUGCUAGAAUAUUCAAGAACAAUAAUUUUAGCAAUUUUAUAAUAAAAACCUUCAAUUCACCUACCUAUUGCUUAUUCACAUAAAUAAUAUAGUCACGUAUAGUCGAGUCAAAUCAUUGUGCUUACAACCCAUCAUUACGUUUAAAAACCUUGUUAAAAAUGGAAUUGCCUCAUCUAGGAAAACAUUGCUCAAAAUCUGACUGCAACAAACUGGAUUUCUUACCCAUCCGAUGCGACGCCUGCAAACAAUUAUUCUGCGAGGACCACUAUAGAUACACCACCCACAACUGCCAGAAAGCCUACCAGAAAGACAACCAGGUACCAAUUUGCCCCCUGUGCAACAUUCCAAUUCCAGUUCAAAAAGGAUUGCAUCCAGACUAUGUAGUCGGUACUCAUAUAGAUUCAGACUGUCAGAGUGAUCCAGCCAAGUCCAGAAGAAAAGUCUUCACCAACAAGUGUUCAUUUAAAAGGUGCAAAAACAAAGAAGUUGUUCCAGUGAUAUGUAAGGAGUGUUCGCUCAACUUUUGCCUUAAACAUCGACACACCACUGAUCACAGUUGUAGUGGUAUGGGUGGUAAGAGAAGGUGGAUCUUUCAACAUCAACAUCAGCAACAAAAUCAAGUAGCAAUGAGUGAAGAUGAGGCUUUAGCUAGGGCCUUAGCUUUAUCCAUGCAAGAUAGUGGACCUUGUAACAAGAAAACACAAGAGGAACUGGAUUUUGCUUUGGCUAGACAAUUGCAAGCUUCAGAAACUGCUGCAACUCAAACUGCCUCGAGCACUAAUUCAAAAGGGAAUCAAUGCAAUGUGUCUUGAAAUUGAUUUGGAAUAAAUUUCAACUAAAUCAUUCCUAUUUAUUAAAAAAAAAUCUCACUUUAGUUAGUUUGUAUAAGUGUUCAAAAUAAUAUUUUUUUAUUAGUUUUAGGAUUAAAAAGACUUGCAAACAGCUUCUGCUUUGUUAAAAUUUACACUUUUCUUUGUUAAAAUAAAACUACAAAAAAUGUUUCAAACUUCCAUAUGGUUUUUUUUUAUCACUUAUAUAAAUUGCUGAUUGGUAGUUUCAAAUUGCAAUGGUAGUAAUUGAUCUAGAUUUAAGCACAAAACAUCCUCUGCUGCAGGUUUGGAUAUGUAGACAUCAACAUUACCAAAUUCGCUCAUGAAUUGCCUGCAAACUCCACAAGGCGGGGUAAAUUUUUUUUCUUGAUGGGCAAUUACGGCUACAGCUUUAAACUUUCGUUUACCUUGACUAAUUGCGUUACUAUAAGCUGACCUGAAAUUAAAUUUGUAUAAAAAAUAAUUGAGUAUAAAAGUGUUGUACCUUUCUGCACAAAUACCGCCACUAAAUGCUGAGUUUUCUAUGUUACAUCCAGUAUAUAUGGUUCCAUCAUCGCACAAAACUGCCGAGCCUACUUUAAAUUUGCUGUAAGGACAAUAAGCGAACUCUCUUGCUUUUGUUGCUUGUCUUAUAAGAUUUUGAAUUGUGUCGUCUAUAAUCGAAUAAAAUACACAUUAGAUAACUUUUGGCAAACAUCUAUAUUUAAUUCUUGAAUCAUUUUAUAAAUAUAAAAUCUUGCCUAAUGUAUUUAAUUCUUGCAGGUUUUCCGCUAUGAAACCAUUUUUCUUGCACUCGGACAUGAUGUUUUGUUCCUUACACCAAAAAGCUGACUGUACUCAAAUAAUCAAUACUUAACAGAGUAGAGUAUCUAAAGUCUGUUUCAUUUUUUUAAAUAACUGACAUUAUAUUUGGCAGUUGGCAACGCGAGGCUUUCCCAUGUAAAAAAUUCCAGCACAUUCACAGUUUUACAUUGUAUUGCCAACAUAAAACUUAAGUAAUAUGAUAAGAUAUUGCCAAAUAUGAUAUGAUUCAUGAAAAAAUGUAGGUAGGUACUUAAAUGAGGGCAAGGUAUAUGUUGCAAUAAAAUACCAAUUAAUUCAGUGUCUAUUUAUUAUCCUAUGACCAAUAAUUAAUGACUUAUUAGAUUUGAUUUAAGCUUUAAGCGGCAAACAAAUACUUGAAAAAUUCUCAGUAGCUACUUAAUUUUGAAAAGUAAGUACUUAUUUAGCGCAAGGCCAUUUUUAAAAGGCCCAAAAAUGCACUGUUGUCAGAUUUUAUUAAUUUAUCGAUUUAUUUGAAUAUGUGGCCUUCUAAUCUAAAACAGCUGACUGCCACUCAAAAUGUUAGUUUUUGCUACAUAAAAUAAAAUUGUGACUGGGGAAAAAUUAAUUAAAUUGAUAAGAAAUAUUGGCUAUCACGAGCACCCACACCGUUUUUUUUUUUUUAAUGGUACCCACAGACCACUUUGUGCAAUUAUGAUAAAAAUGUUAAAUUGUGUUUGAUAAAAUUAUACAGAAAGUGUUUGAAAUCAUGAUGCAAGGAAAUUGCUUAGUUUUGGGUCUGUUUUUGUUUAUGUACGUGGAAAAAGGGCACUUGUUCCCUACCAGUUCAUUUAAAACCGAAUGUCCGAGACUUUAUCCAAGAGUUUUUAAAGGAUACGUUCCCAAAGGCAAUAUUAGUGCAGGAUUCUUUGAAGAAAUCACAGAUUCGAGCACUCUGAAACCUUGCGUCCAAACCUGCUGCCUGAAACCUUCAUGCCAUGUUGCCUUCAUGACUGACGACAAGUGCUAUCAUAUUACCUGCACCAGCAAUGAACUUUGUGUUCCCACCAUGAACAUGAACCCAAACACGGUUGAUCAUGUGGCUAUGGUACUAGUGAAACCCACCGAUGAUGAUACUUGGGAAGAUGUUUUAGCUGCACAAGAAUUUUCAAAAUCCCUUCUAGACCGUCAAAUGUACUCAAUAUUAAGCGACAGAAAUAGAUUUGAAAAUGCAUAUAAUAAUUUAGAAAAAGACAUAUUAUUCGAUGAAGCCUUUUAUGGAAUGAGCUGUGAGGUAGGUGUGGAGAAUUCUUGUCAGCUACCCAAUGAAAUUUGUGUGCCAAAACGUGAAAGAUCAAGAAACGGCAUAUGUGAAUGCAGACCAGGCUUUACUAGGCAAGAAGAGGGCGUUUGCUUUGCAGUAGAACUAAACAACAUAAGAUUGCCAGAUGUUAUAACUGAAAAAAUUCUGGAUGUGGCUAACAAAUCAGCUCCUGUAACAAGACAGCAUUUAACAGUCUUAGCAGAGUCUAAACAAGUUAAGUUGCCUGUGAACGAAGUCACAUUAACAGUAAAAACUCCUGAAGAGGACCCAGACAACAAAUACCAAUAUGAAUGGACUCCUUUGCACCAACCAGAUGGAAGCACCGCUGUCAAACAUCAAAACGACAACGAAUUACAUUUGGAAAAACUAUCAGAAGGACUCUAUAGCUUUAAAGUUAGUGUUUCCACAACGACCUCCUAUGGAGAGACUUUUGUCAACGUAUCAGUACUGCCUGAGGCACGAAUCAACACUCCUCCAACAAUAGUCAUAACUCCAGCCAAUCAGACAAUAAAACAACCCAAUACUGCAGCUGUAUUGGACGCGUCAUCUUCAAAGGAUGAUGAUGGAAUUAUCAGUUGGCAUUGGGAGUUGCAACAAGGACCUUUAGGUUAUCAGCCAGAACUUAAAGAUAGUCCUACUUUGCAACUGAAUGAUUUGACUAAACCUGGCAAUUAUACUUUUAAAUUAACAGUGACAGAUACUGAUAAGGCUAGCAGUGUUAGUACUGCUAAUAUUACUGUUUUGGCUGUUACUGAUUAUCCACCAGAAGCUAAUGCAGGUGAAGACAAAAUAAUCUAUUUGCCUCACAACAACAUAACAUUAAAUGGUAGUCUAAGCACUGAUGACCAUGCAAUCACUACUUGGGAAUGGACAAAAUCGUCUGAUGAUGCUCAAAAAACUGUCGAUAUGCAAGACACUAGAACGCCUUAUUUGAAAUUGUCCAACUUACAAGAAGGAAUGUAUACUUUUACCCUAAAAGUAACGGACAGUACAAAUCAAUCUAGCACUGCUCAGGUGCACGUUUUUGUUAAACCACCCACAAAUAAACCACCUGUAGCUGAAGCUGGACAAAAUAUAACAAUCAGUCUGCCUCAAACAUGGACCAUAGUAGACGGUUCCAACAGUACUGAUGAUAAUCACAUUGCCUCAUUCAAAUGGGAACAAGUUGAGGGUCCAUCCACAGUAACAUUUGAAAAUUUAAAUUCCAGCAAAACUAAUGUUACUGGCCUCACCAAAGGCCAAUACACACUCAAACUCAGUGUGACCGAUGAUAAUAAUAAUGUAGCUAGUGACACAAUGUAUAUUAUUGUUAAUCAAAAUAAAAACCAGAAGCCUACUGCUAACGCAGGUCCUGAUUUAACAGUAGAGCUACCAAUAAAUGGUUUAAUAAUUAAUGGUUCAGAGUCCAAAGACGAUUGGGAAAUUGUCAAAUGGCAAUGGAUAAGAGAUGAAAAAUCUUUGGCCGUUGGCAACAUUGUUGAAAAAAGCGACCAGUCCCCAAUACUGAUUCUAACAGAUGUUUCAGUCGGCACAUACAUAUUUAAUUUAACUGUUUCUGACAAGCAAGGCCUUGAAGACACUGAUUCGGUUACAGUUGUUGUCAAAAAUGAUCCAAAACUUUUCUUUUUAGUUGAAUUAAUUGUUGAUGUUGAUUCUAAAUUCUUAACAGAAGCUCAAUUUGACAAUAUGAAAGCUAAACUAGCUUUAUUAGUCAAAGAAGGCUCUAAACUUGUAGUAAGAAAUGUCAAACCUGAAGCAGGCACUGGCAGGGUUAAAUUAACGUUUUAUAUAGAGGACAGUAAUAGUCAGCCAGUAGGAGCCAAUGAAGUUGUGAAGCAUUUAAGACAAAAAUUACUAGUUGAUGCCAGUUUAUUGAGUUUUUCUGUGGCUAAAUUACAAACAGCUAUUUGUCAAAAUAAUUGUUCAGGGCAUGGAGUUUGCAGUGAAGUUACUAGGGAGUGUGAGUGUGAAGUUUUUUGGAUGCAUGACAUGUUCAAAGUCUAUUUGAAAUCAGCCGAUGAUUCAGAUUGCAGCUGGAGCGUCCUCUAUGUAGUCUUGGGCUUAAUAUGCAGUGUCCUAACAUUCUUCGGAUUCACUUGGGCCUUGGUUUAUUUGUGUUAUAGAUGGUGCCACAGGAGACAUGAUACAGCUCAGCCUACAAAUUAUAAGCUCCUGGAAGACGCUGAUGAUAUGCCACCAUUUUCCUCAAGGAAAACUAACCUUUCGGACAGUGACACUGAUUCAGAUGUGGUUUUUGAAACUCGCUCGAAACCUCCAAGGUUUUCAGAUACAAGGAAUGGCCACAAACCUAGCCGUAAUGGGUUUACUAAACAAAAUAGGAGGGUUAAAACUUGAGUUAGUUAAUCGAGAGCAAAUUGCACAUUGAUAUUGUGAUACCCGAAUUUUUAGAGUUGAGGAAUUUUUUUGCACUUUUACUUUGUGUGCAAUUUUAUGUCUUAAUUGUUCAUUUAACCACUAUUUUUGUGCCACUUUAUGUAAUAAUUAUUGUGGGUGUUGGAAUGUAGCGGUUUGUAUAUACAGGGUGCUUUUUUUGUUACCAGUAUUUCUAGUCACAGUUGAAUUAAUGAUUCAGAGGUAAGUUUAAUAUUAUGUUGAAAAGCAGCAUUACAAAUUAAAUUAGAAUACUGAAAUAGUGUUUUCAUAAAAACGAAAUUCCCAAGUGUUUGUGAAGCGUUUAAAGUUGUUUUAGUAUGUUUUAUUUAUUUUUAAAGCUUUUUUACUUGUAUGUAUUGUAUCUACUUAGAGAUAAUCAAUAUUGUGUACUUAUAUUCUUUAUAAAACUUGUCCAAUAAAAAUUAUUAUACUAUAAAUUAA